CGUUGUGACAACAAUGAAAAGACGGUUUUGACAACACCUCCAUACAUACUUAAGCUUUUACUCUAUUGGGACUUCCAUCGCUCCAUUCAAGCCAUAGAGUCAUUCUUCAUACCACCGAAAAGCCAUCAUACAUCAUGACCGGCACUAUCAUCUUGACAGGCGCAAACAGCUCCCUUGCUAUCCCGGCUGUGGAGCACCUUCUCACUACUCACCGUGAUUACACACUCGUUCUCACAGUUCGGAAUACAUCCGAGUCGGAUGCCAAUACGCAGAUAUUGCGUGAGAUCGUCUCUAAGCAUCCUCAAGCUGAAACAAAUAACGUAGUCUCCAUUCGUCAGCUUGAUCUCUCUCGCCUUGAUGGUAAGUAAAGAUACCAAUAUUUUGGUCCUCAAUCGAGCACUAUUCAAGUUUUGAGAAGCCGUUGAAUUUUGGAGCAAUGAAAGAAGAUUUCUGAUCGCCUUAUUCUAGAUGUACACAGCUUCGCAACUACAAUAAUCUCAGAGAUUGCGGAUGGCAAACUCCCUCGUCUUACCAGUAUCAUCUGCAAUGCUUAUUCAUGGAACUUGGUUCGUGAAUUAGAAACCACUGCCGAUGGCUACGAAAAGACGUUUGCAAUUAACCACGUCUCCCAUUCCGCACUGGUACUUCGUCUCCUGGGUUCUUUCAAUGAAGAAGGAAGAGUGGUCCUUUUUACCAGUGACGCGCACUGGCAUGGCAAGAAUUCUCUUGCCAAGUUGCCUCCGACUCUUCCUGAUGCCCUCGAUUUACUCGUCAAGCCGGAACCAGAUCCAGCUACUGAUUAUUUGGCGUAUGGCAUGAGGAGAUAUGCAUACUCCAAGUUAUGCAUACUUAUGUGGAUGUAUGCGCUGAAUCGAUACUUGGAGAAGGUAGGUUCCCCAUUUCCAUUUUAAAACAAGGCUCUCUCCCGAGCAAAUGAUCUAAUAAUAAUCAAGGAUCCAAAAUUCAGCAAAAUCACAGUUGUUACCAUCAACCCAGGUAACCUAACCGAUUCACGCGCUCUCACCGUCGAUACCCCUUCAUCAAUCUAUUACAUGUCAAAACUCAUCGUCCACCCAUUCCGUCCACUCUUGCGUUUCGUGGAUCCUACCAUGCGUACUGCAGCUGAGGCAGGUGUUGACGUUAUCGAGCUUGCCACGAAUAACGCGCAUCCUGGAAAACGGGGGUUUUUUACGCUGCUUAAGCCAGAUGUGAGUUCUCCUGAGAGUCUGGAGGUGGAGAAGCAGCAGGAGGUGUGGUCGAAGACUCUUGAAUGGGCUAAGAUUACGAGGGAGAAUACUGCGCUGGAGGUAGCUUUUAAAUGAAUGAUGGGAUUGUGAAGAUUUGGGCGGGCGAAGAGGCGUUUGUGUGAGACUACUGCAGGAUUAGUCGAGGUACUAGGCCAUGUGAAAUUUU